CUGCGGUACCCUGGCCGGGGAGACCCUGCUCCUUCCGGCCUAGGCCCCUCGGGUCCCGUGAAUUCUGAGGCCCGGUGGGACUGGAGGUGGAAUCUGAGGGAAGCGGGGUCUCGGGUAAAAACGCUGGGGAAGGUCCCCGUGUGGGCCUCAUAGAAUCUGUCGGGCGCGAGCGGCAGGCGUCGCGGCGAGCCGAGGGCGGCCGGGGGCGUGGGUGCGAGGGCUCCCCGCGCUGGGGUUUUUACUCCGGCUUCUGGGCGCGGCAGGUGGGCGGUAGCGGCAGGCAGUGAUGCUGGCGCGCCGUCGGGCGCCUACCUUGUGCCAGACGCUGAACCGUUCUGGGCCAGGUUGCCUUGUACGCGGAGCCAGUCAUUCGCGGGACUCAGUAUAGACUUGAUGCGAGAUUCCUGUGGAAGAUUCUGGGAAUGUGCCUCUGAACACCUGCAAAACAGCUGACGUUCAUUACGUAGCUCAGCAUCUGAACUAUGUCUCAGGAAGGUGAUUAUGGGAAGUGGACAAUAUCCAGUAGUGAUGAAAGUGAGGAGGAAAAGCCAAAACUAGACAAGCCAUCUACCUCUUCCCUCCCUCAUGCUGGGCAGGGAGCAGCAAAUGAACCAAGAUACACCUGUUCUGAGGCUAGGAAAGCUGCCCAUAAAAGGAAAUUAUCACCUGUAAAAUUCAGCACAGAUUCACAAGCUUCACCUCCCAAAAAGCAGAAGAGUGGUUCCCAGGAAGACCUGGGUUGGUGUCUCUCUAGCAGUGAUGAUGAACUGCAACCAGGAACACAGCAGAAGCAGGCUAAGAACAUGGUGGUCAAAGAAGAGAGCGGCAUCUCUUUUCCCAAAGACAGUGUCACCCAAAGAACUGGAAAUAAUGGCUCUCCUGCCCACCAUGGACUAAAAGAGGAGGAAGAGGAGUAUGAGACCUCAGGGGAAGGCCAAGAUAUUUGGGAUAUGUUGGAAAAAGGGAACCCCUUCCAAUUUUACCUCACUAGAGUCUCUGGAAUUAAGGCAAAGUAUAACGCUGGAGCCCUCCACAUCAAGGAUAUUCUGUCUCCUCUCUUUGGGACACUUGUAUCUUCAGCUCAGUUUAACUACUGCUUUGACGUGGACUGGCUCAUAAAACAGUAUCCACCAGAGUUCAGGAAGAAACCAAUCCUGCUUGUGCAUGGAGAUAAACGAGAAGCUAAGGCUCACUUACAUGCCCAGGCCAAGCCUUAUGAAAACAUUUCCCUUUGCCAGGCAAAGUUGGAUAUUGCAUUUGGAACACAUCACACGAAAAUGAUGUUCCUGCUGUACGAAGAAGGCCUCCGGGUUGUCAUCCACACCUCCAACCUCAUCCAUGCUGACUGGCACCAGAAGACUCAGGGAAUAUGGUUGAGCCCCUUAUACCCACGAAUUACCCAUGGAACCCAUACAUCUGGAGAAUCAACAACACAUUUUAAAGCUGAUCUCAUCAGCUACUUGAUGGCUUAUAAUGCUCCUUCACUCAAGGAGUGGAUAGAUAUCAUCCACAAACAUGAUCUCUCUGAAACCAAUGUUUAUCUUAUUGGAUCAACCCCAGGACGCUUUCAAGGAAGUCAGAAAGAUAAUUGGGGACAUUUUAGGCUUAGAAAGCUUCUGAAAGAGCAUGCUUCUCCUAAAGGAGAGUCUUGGCCAAUAGUAGGUCAAUUUUCAAGCAUUGGGUCUAUGGGAGCUGACGACUCGAAAUGGUUGUGUUCUGAGUUUAAAGAAAGCUUGGUGACGCUGGGGAAGGAAAGCCGGACCCCAGGGAGAAGUUCCAUUCCUCUUCAUCUGAUCUAUCCUUCUGUGGAAAAUGUGCGAACCAGCUUAGAAGGAUAUCCAGCUGGGGGUUCUCUUCCCUAUAGCAUCCAGACAGCUGAAAAACAGAAUUGGCUUCAUUCCUAUUUUCACAAAUGGUCGGCUGACACAUCUGGCCGCAGCAAUGCUAUGCCACAUAUUAAAACAUAUAUGAGGCCCUCUCCAGACUUCAGUCAGAUUGCUUGGUUCCUUGUCACAAGCGCAAAUCUGUCCAAGGCCGCAUGGGGAGCAUUAGAGAAGAACGGCACCCAGCUGAUGAUCCGUUCCUAUGAGCUUGGGGUCCUUUUCCUGCCAUCAGCAUUUGGCCUGGACAGCUUCAAAGUAAAACAGAAAUUCUUCUCAGGGAGCAAGGAGCCAGCGGCCGCCUUUCCUGUGCCAUUCGACCUACCUCCAGAACUGUAUGGAAGUAAAGAUCGGCCAUGGAUUUGGAACAUUCCUUAUACCAAAGCACCAGAUACACAUGGGAAUAUGUGGGUUCCCUCCUGAGAAUCUUAAAGCACUGUGAAAUUUAGGUUUAAGACCUCAAGCCCCAAAUAAUAGAUGUUCUAAUUUGUACUGGAUGUUCACCCUUAAAGUUUUAUCUACACCCCUAACAAAACUCUGCACAGCUCACUCUUGUGAACGUGUAUGCUGGUUAUACUUUUAAUGGUCAUUAACAGUGUCACUAAAAAAUCUAUUUUCUUAAUUCACUUUUUUAAGCUUUGGAAUGAAAGCUAUCAAACUCAACAAUGUUGAGUAUAGACAUACAGUCAUCCUCAAAGUGAUAUGUGGAAUUUCAUGAUGGUGUUCACUCUUCCGAAGUGAAGAUUGACUAUGUGUGUUGUAUUCCAUCCAUCCUGAAAGGUGCUCUUCAUUCAAUCAAAACUUGUCAGGGGAAGAAUGUGAUCAUUUGAUUAUCACCCAGCCCUCCACUUUCUGAGUGUUGUCUUGGGGUUGCUGGCCCUGAGUCUGCAGACGUUCCUGGCCUCUGUCAUGGAGGUCGGUGUGGCUACCCUUCAUACGCACUGAGUCCUACUGCCUCUCAUCGUCCUGCAGCUUCAUGAGGCUUUUCAUCCUGGCGUCAUGCUGGCUGCCUCUCUGCUUACAAAUGUGUCCUGCCAUUUCCUCACCCAUUCCCUGGAACGGAUGGGUGUCUUUCAUCACCACCCCCAAGUUUCCAGAAAAGACUGCUCACAACCCUAUAAAAGCACAAGUAUCUUACUUGCAAGAAACCCUGAAAGGUAACCUUAUUUGGUGCCUUCAGUUCACAAGCAAGGGAACGGAGGCCCAGAACGGUUUAAGGUGUCCCCCACAUCACAGCUGGUUUGGGUCAAAGCUGUGAAUGUCUCCACUUUAUGUACGUAUGUCCUUCAUACUUAGGAGUCACGUUCUCCUAUGAUGAUGUAGACCUUUUCUACAUGAGGCUGAUUUCCAGUUUGUCUCCAGCCUCUUUAUCUUACAACUUUGAAGAGUGUAGAAUAUUAAUUUUGAAAGAUUUCUGAAGAUAGCUUUUCAGACUGUUCUUCAGGCCUACAAUUUUCACCUUAGGACCCGGCAGGGCAGAGCGGGGGUGCUGUCAUAGAAAAGUCUGGGAAGACAGCUGCAGACCCUCCACCCUUCUCCUGUCACAAACUCCGCUUUACCUAUUCUAUGUUUUGGGAUUCUGUAAAGGGUAUUAUCUGGGAUUAUAUGUGUGUGUAUGCAUGCUUGCACUGCUUUAAAAGUUGAAAAGCCACUGAAUUAUUAUUACCUGUGUAGUGAGCUGGUUAAACUAAGGCUUAGACCUUUCAUGACCCUGCCUUCUACUUCCCAGAACAUGCAAACCCUCCAUCACAUGAGCCGGGAAGGCAGUGGAAAGGCGUCCGGGGCUGGCCCAGAGUGCGUGCCCGGCAGUCUGUGUGUCCAAAGGCCUGGCAGGGGACCCGAGAUUCUCCCCAACAUGGUGGUCCCAUCCUGGGUGGGGGUGGAGCAGCACCAAGCAAGGGUCUCAGCAGCGUCACCAUGACAGCAGUCUGCCUGCUCUGCAACAGGACUCAGAAAGCCUGGGCUCUGCCGGGUGGGUUCAGCCACUCGAGAGGACAGCGGCAGAUCGAUAGCAGUCCCUGGGCAGAGUCGGUCACACAGGUACAUUUUUCAUCUGAUCCACAUUACUGCAGAGUGGGUUGGAGCUCAGCUGAAGUCAGACUGCCAAAGUUUGAAGCCCAGCUCUGCCACUUAUGGCUGUGUGACCUAGACCAGGUUAUUUAACUUCUCUAUGCGUUGGUCCCCUCAACUGUAAAAUGUGGGUGGUGGUGGUAAUACUCCUCACGGAGGAUGAUGGAGAGUGGUGAGUGAAUGCGUGAAGAUACUCCGAGCCUGCACAGCAUGAGAACUGUCCAGUGAUUGAUUGCUCCUGCCAUUGCUACAGUUGACCCAUUAGGAUUAUCCUCGUUUUCCUGAUAAGGAAAUCGGGACUCAAAAAGGUGAAGUGAUUAUGCAAGGUCAUACUUGUAGAAAGUGCUCUCACCAGUAUUUGAACCCAGGUCUGGCAGCAUCCACGGCCUGUUUUCUGCCAGGUGGCCCAAGCUCCCAGGCAGCAUGGUAUGUGAGGAGAGGGACAGUUUUUACCCCUCGAGUGUAUUGUGGACACUUUUAUAGAAUACAGAAUCGGGUGCUUGGAUGUUCCAGCACUGUCAGAUUACAGUGGAAGUUUCUAAAUGCUUAUUUUCUGUACUCCUCACAGACCAGUUCUGGUCCAUGGGCCGUACUUCCAAGUAACAUUCCUCUACACCCAGUAGGGACCCAAAGGGGCCCAUCUGGAAACACAAGUUCUGUAGAAUGGGUGGCUAGGUACAUCAAGGUAACAUUAGGGGAAGCCCAUGACCAAGGGUUAUGCACUCUGGGUGUCCAGGCCCAACUGCUAACGGCAGCCUUCUGUGCCCCUUACCCUGGUCAGCAUGGGCUGGGGGAAGGCAGGCCAGCAUAGGUAGGGUCAUAACAUGAGCUUUCUGGGCAUAGUUGAUCGCAUACACGGAAAACAAUGCCCCAAGAAUAAUCAACAUGGGAACCCAAAAAGCAAGCAGUUCUGCCUCAUCUGGUCCUUUUUUAAAUGGAACUGAAUUACCCAAAGUGCUACAAAAAAGCAUCAUCAAAUGUGUCUGCUAAUGCUUGAGGAAAUUACUUCCAUUAUUCUGGGUUGGGGUUUAACAAUUACUUCUCCCUGACUCCAGGAGCACUCACCUCGCCCUUGUGUCUGCAGGUAGCUGCCUGCCACCUUUUUAUUUAUUUUGAUGUAGUGAUCCAUGAUUCAUUGUUUGCGUAUAACACGCAGUGCUCUAUGCAGGACGUGCCCUCUUUAAUACCCAUCACCGGGCUAACC